GGCCAGGGUGGCUCCUUCCUGGUUUGGGGCUGGUCCUCAUGCACUCUGCCCUGCUGCUUCCCCUGUGAAAGGAGAAGUUGGGAGAGGAUCUUUCAGGACAUUGCAGUUCCCGAGGCUCCUCCUCUGCGGAUGGUCACUGUCCCUCUGCCAGGCUUCCUGCUCGAGGAGUUUCCUUCCCCGCCAGGCCGGCCCAGAAGCCAGAUGGUCCCGGGACAGGCCCAGCCCCAGAGCCCAGAGAUGCUGCUGCUGCCCCUGCUGCUGCCCGUGCUGGGGGCAGGGUCCCUGAACAAGGAUCCCAGUUACAGUCUUCAAGUGCAGAGGCUGGUGACGGUGCAGGAGGGCCUGUGCGUCAUGGUGCCUUGCAACUUCUCCUACCCCCGGGGUGGCUGGAAUGAGUCUACUGCUGCUUAUGGCUACUGGUUCAAAGAAGGGACCGACAUAAAUAUGGAUGCUCCUGUGGCCACAAACAACCCGAGUCGAGAGGUGGAAAUGAGCACCCGGGGCCGAUUCCAGCUCACUGGGGAUCCCGGCAAGGGGAGCUGCUCCUUGGUGAUCAGAGAUGCGCAGAGGGAGGAUGAGGCACAGUACUUCUUUCGGGUAGAGAGAGGAAGUCGUCUGAGAUACAAUUUCAGGAAAGAUUGGUUCCUUCUACAAAUAACAGCCCUGACUCAGAAGCCUGAUGUCUUCAUCCCUGAGACUCUGGAGCCCGGGCAGCCAGUGACAGUCAUCUGUGUGUUUAACUGGGCCUUUGAGGAAUGUCCAGCGCCUUCUUUCUCCUGGACGGGGACUGCCCUCUCCUCCCAAGGAACCAAACCAACGACCUCCCACUUCUCAGUGCUCAGCUUCACGCCCAGCCCCCAGGACCACGACACCGACCUCACCUGCCAUGUGGACUUCUCCAGAAAGGGUGUGAGCGCACAGAGGACCGUCCGACUCCGUGUGGCCUACGCCCCCAGAGAUCUUGUUAUCAGCAUUUUGCGGGACAACACGUCAGCCCUGAAACCCCAGGAAAAUCUCACACAUCUGGAAGCCCGGAAAGGCCAGUUCCUGCGGCUCCUCUGUGCUGCUGACAGCCAGCCCCCCGCCACGCUGAGCUGGGUCCUGCAGGACAGAGUCCUCGCCUUGUCCCACCCCUGGGGCCCCAGACCCCUGGGACUGGAGCUGUCCGGGGUGAAGGCCGGGGAUUCAGGGCGCUACACCUGCCGAGCGGAGAACAGGCUUGGCUCCCAGCAGCGAGCCCUGGACCUCUCUGUGCAGUAUCCUCCGGAGAACCUGAGUGUGAUGGUUUCCCAAGCAAACAGGACAGUCCUGGAAAACCUCGGGAACGGCACGUCCCUCCCGGUCCUCCUGGUCCUGGAGGGCCAAAGCCUGCGCCUGGUCUGUGUCACCCACAGCAGCCCCCCAGCCAGGCUGAGCUGGACCCAGGGGGGACAGAUUCUGAGCCUCUCCCAGCCGUCAGACCCCGGGGUCCUGGAAUUGCCUCGGGUUCAAGUGGAGCAAGAAGGAGAGUUCACCUGCCACGCUCAGCACCCGCUGGGCUCCCAGCACGUCUCUCUCAGCCUCUCCGUGCACUGCAAAUCAGGGCCCGUGACGGGGCUGGUUCUGGUGGCUGUCGGGGAGAUGGCUACAAAGAUCUUGAUUCUCUGCCUCUGCCUCAUCCUCCUCAGAGUGAGGUCCUGCAGGAGGAAGGCAGCAAGGGCAGCACUGGGCAUGCAGGCUGCAGACACUGUCACAGACUCAUCUCCAGACUCCAGACGGCUUCCAGAUGCCUCCUCAUCCAGUUCCUCCACUGUCUGAGCGGCCGUGUUUCCUCUGCAGGCCUUACAUGGUCCUUGUUUCCUCUGCUGGGCUCUCCUGAUCUCUCCUCUCCCUGCGUCACCCAACAUCUCCCCAAACCCUCCGGGCCAAAGACUCCGUGCCUCUGACACUUGGCAUAUGUAGUUUCUUCUCCUGAAACGCCCUUCCCUCCCACUCCUGCCAAACUAUGUCCAGAUCCUCCUUCAGGUUCCCCCUUUUUUUUUUUUUUUGAGACACAGUCUCACUUUGUCACCCAGGCUGGAGUGCAGUGGCGUGAUCUCAG